CCGGCGCGCGCGCGCGCCCUCCCCGCGCCGCGUCAUCACGGAGGGUUCCAGCGCGUCACGCGUUUACGCACGACCCCGCCCCCCUCCGGCCCCGCCGCCCCCCGCCGCCGCCGCCGCCGCCGUUCCGAGCUCUCUCACCUGAGCGGCCGCCGCCGCCGCCGGGCUACCGAAGGAGUCCACCGAGGAAAGGUACUGCGACUCGGCCGAGGGCGAGGAGCUGCACCGGGAGCCCGAGUCGUAGUCACCGGGGAAACCCUGGUACAUGGCCCCGGGGGCGCGGGGGCCGCGCCGCCACGCCAAGGCUGCGCCCGGACCGGGGGAUGGGUCAAGCCACCGGCAUCGCCGCCGGGGCCCGCUGUUGGAGCCGCCUCGCCGGGUCGAGGGGCCGGUAAGGUCCGCGCCGCCGUGCAAAGUCCCGCUCCGCCGCCCCGGAGCUCGAGCACCCCUCCGGGGCGAGCCGCCGCCGCCGUUCCGGGCUCCGCUCCGCUCCGCCGCCGUUCAGUCCCGCUGUGUAGCCCGUCCCCAAGCUCCGUUCCGGCGGCUCAAAGUCCCGGUGCCGCUGCUACGAGCCCCCGUGCAUCCGUGCCAGGCGCCGGUCCGGCGGUGCCGAGUCCCCCGCUCUCGGUUCCCCGGUGUCCUCCGCACGCUCUUUAUGAAUGAACCGCUCUCCGCCGCGCGGCCGCUUUAUACGGCGGCGCCCCGCCCCCUUGCUGACGUCACGGCCGCCGCCGCGGACCCCCCGAGCCCCCCUCGGGUCCCGCCGCUGCCGGUGCCCGUGCCGGUGCCGCUGCCGGUGCCGGUGCCGCCGCCGCUCUGCGGCCCCGCCGCUGCCGCCGCCGUUAAGAGGCGCCGCGGCGGGCGGGGAGCGGGGGGCAUCCCUCGCCCCGCCCCGCCGGAGUUCCUGUGACGCAAUUAGCCAUAUAUGGGCUUCUCUCUGAGUGUUUGUUUGGUAUCCUAGCAAUGACGUCACAGGGAAUCCCUUCGCCGCCGCCGCCGCCGCCGCCGCCGAAACGCGUAUUAAUAGAAACGGGCGCCGCGGUUCUAGAAACGGCCCGAACCGUCCGGGGCGAUGGCCCCGCACCCCCCGGUAACCCGCCCGUACCCC